AUGGUCUACGGUCAACCAGAUGACUAUGGUCACCCUGACUACUAUGAUCACACGUACUACUAUGGUCGCCCAGAACUCUACGGUCAACCUGACUACUAUGGUCACCCUAACUACUAUGAUCACACUGAUUACCCUGACUCAAAUGGUCCUCCAUACUCCUAUGCUCACACUGACCACAAUAAUAAAUAUGUCUCUAAUGGUGACCAUGACUCCUAUGGUCACUCUGAUUACUAUGGUCAUACUGACUACUUUGGUCACCUUGACUCCCAUGGUCACCCUGACAUCUUUGGUCACCUUGACUCCUAUGGUCACCCUGACUACUAUGCUCACACUGACUACUAUGGUCACCUUGACUCGUAUGGUCACCCUGCCUACUAUGCUCACCCUGACUAUUAUGGUAACAUUGACUCCUAUAGUCACCCUGUCUAUUAUGGUCACCUUGACUUCUAUGGUCACCCUGACCACUAUGCUCACCCUGACUGCUAUGGUCACAUUGACUCCUAUGGGCACCCUGACUACUAUGCUCUCCCUGACUGCUAUGGUCACAUUGACUCCUAUGUUCACCCUGACUACUAUGCUCACCCUGAUUGCUAUGGUCACAUUGACUCCUAUGGUCACCCUGACUACUAUGCUCACCCUGACUGCUAUGGUCACAUUGACUCCUAUGGGCACCCUGACUACUAUGGUCACACCUACUACUUUGGUUACACCUGCUUCUAUGGUCACCGUGACUACGAUAGUAACCAUGACUACUAUGGCCACCUUGACUACUAUGGUCACCUUGACUCCUAUUCUCACCUUGACUCCUUUAGUCACCCUGACUACUAUGGUCACCUUGACUCCAAUGGGCACCCUGACUAA